GUCCAAAUAAAUUAAAGCAGUAUAUUUUUUCAAAAUGGCAACAGCACAACAAGAAACCUACGCGUUUAACGCAGAUAUCUCCCAGUUGUUGAGUCUCAUUAUCAACGCUUUCUACAGUAAUAAAGAAAUCUUCCUUCGUGAGCUCAUCAGUAACGCCAGCGAUGCUUUGGAAAAAAUCAGAUAUGAGGCUAUCAAGGACCCAAAGCAGGUCGAGGACUUCCCCGAGUACCAGAUCAGCCUAUCCGCUGACAAGACCAACAAGACCUUGACCAUCGAAGACACUGGUAUUGGUAUGACCAAAACCGAUUUGAUCAACAACUUGGGUACCAUCGCCAAGUCCGGAACCAAGGCUUUCAUGGAAGCCAUUCAAGCCGGUGCUGACAUGUCUAUGAUCGGUCAGUUCGGUGUGGGUUUCUACUCAGCCUACCUCGUUGCUGACAAGGUCACCGUCGUAUCAAAGAACAACAACGAUGACCAGUAUGUGUGGGAGUCUAACGCCAGUGGCCACUUCACCGUUACCAAGGACGAGUCUGAAGAUCAGCUUAAACGUGGUACACGUCUGAUAUUGCACCUUAAGGACGACCAGAGUGAGUACCUUGAGGAACGUCGCUUGAAGGAACUCGUCAAAAAGCACAGUGAAUUCAUCUCCUUCCCCAUCAGACUGUCUGUUGAAAAGACUACCGAAACCGAGGUUACCGACGACGAGGCUGAACCCACUGAAGCCGAGUCCAAGCCUGAGGAAAAGAUCACUGACGUAACUGAAGAAGAAGAGGAAAAGGAAAAGGAAGCAGAAAAGGAUGGAGAAGAAAAGACGGAAAAGAAGAAACGCAAGGUUACCAAUGUCACCCGUGAAUGGGAAAUGCUUAACAAGCAAAAGCCUAUUUGGAUGAGGUUGCCCACCGAGGUCACCAACGAAGAGUACGCCAGCUUCUACAAGAACCUGUCCAAUGAUUGGGAAGACCACUUGGCAGUCAAGCACUUCAGUGUAGAAGGACAACUUGAAUUCAAGGCCAUCCUUUUCGUACCCAAACGUGCACCAUUCGACAUGUUCGAAAACCGCAAAAAGAAGAACAACAUCAAGUUGUACGUACGCCGUGUGUUCAUCAUGGACGACUGUGAUGAGCUGAUCCCCGAGUGGCUUGGUUUCGUAAAGGGUGUUGUCGACUCUGAGGACCUUCCUCUUAACAUUAGCAGAGAAGUGCUCCAGCAAAACAAGAUCCUUAAGGUUAUUCGCAAGAACUUGGUAAAGAAAUGCCUGGAACUCUUCUCUGAGUUGACUGAGAAGAAGGAGGACUUCAAGAAGUUCUACGAACAGUUCAGCAAGAACCUUAAGUUGGGUAUCCACGAGGACAACACUAACAGAAACAAGAUUUCUGAAUUGUUACGUUACGAAACCUCAAAGAGCGGUGACGAGGCCAUCAGCUUGAAGGAAUACGUCGAUCGCAUGAAGCCCGAGCAGAAGUACAUUUACUACAUUACUGGUGAAUCUAAGCAGAGUGUUGCCAACUCUCCAUUCCUUGAGUGCUUGCGCUCCAGGGGCAUUGAGGUCAUCUACAUGACUGACCCAAUUGAUGAAUACGCUGUUCAGCAGAUCAAGGAGUUUGAGGGCAAGAAACUUAAGUGCUGUACUAAGGAAAAUCUCGAACUCGAGGACACUGAAGAAGAACGCAAGAACUUCGAGACCUUGGAAAAGGAAAUGGAACCUCUAUGCCGCCUCAUCAAGGAAAUUCUUCACGACAAGGUCGAAAAGGUUGUUUGUGGCAAACGUUUUACCGAAAGCCCUUGUGCUUUGGUAACCAGCGAAUUCGGAUGGUCCGCUAACAUGGAACGUAUUAUGAAGGCCCAGGCACUACGUGACAGCAGCUUUGGUAGCUUUAUGAUAAGCAAGAAGACUAUGGAACUUAACCCUCACCACAGCAUUAUGAAGGAACUCAGGCAGCGUGCUGAAACCGACAAGAGCGACAAAACUCUCAAGGAUCUGGUAUGGCUUUUGUACGAUACCGCCAUGUUGACCUCCGGUUUCAACUUGGAUGACCCUACCCAGUUCGGUGGACGCAUCUACCGUAUGAUCAAAUUGGGUCUAUCCCUCGACGAUGAACCUACUGGUGAAGACGUCGAUCUCCCACCAUUGGACGAAGUUGUGGUUGACCCUAAGAUGGAAGAAGUUGACUAAGCGCGCUUUUACUGUUAUGGGUAGCCACUGCAUUGCAGCGGCCAUCUACAGACGUAUGUCACGUAAAUAAUUUUAGAACGACAAUAUAAUUAUAUAUUUCUCAU